CGCCAACUCUGCAGCUCUGUCCCGCCCUGCCCUUGGGGAACGGGAGAGGGGGCGGGAGAGGCUCUUCUGGGGCUCCAUCAAAGAACUUGUAUUUUUCUGAGAACGAUGCUCCCAGACCCUGGGGUGUGCCCUUCUCUGGCAAAAGACAGAGCCCCUAGAUGUGCCUUGGAGUCGUUCUGCCGCAGGAUUCCGGUGUCCGCCCACUUAGCGGGAGUGGGCCUGCUGAUAGCCUUUCUUAGCACGCUCGGCUGCUUUGUACGGGCCCCAGGUAUGAGCAUGAACAUGGCAGAAGGGGACACCCUGAUAUCAGUGGAUUAUGAGAUUUUUGGGAAGGUCCAAGGGGUGUUUUUCCGCAAAUACACUCAGGCUGAGGGUAAAAAGCUGGGAUUGGUUGGCUGGGUCCAGAACACUGACCAGGGCACAGUGCAAGGACAAUUGCAAGGUCCCAUCUCUGAAGUGCGUCAUAUGCAGGAAUGGCUUGAGACAAGAGGAAGUCCCAAAUCACAUAUCGAUAGAGCAAACUUCAGGAAUGAGAAAGUCAUCGUAAAGUUGGAUUACUCAGAUUUCCAGAUUGUGAAAUAAUGGCCCGAAUUUAAAUUUUCUAAGAUAAACUCACUGGUUUUGUUUUUAUUGUUAAUACAGAACUAUUCUGUGUUCAGUAUUAGAAUUUGUCAGUAAGUUAUGUUAGUAUCAGAUAUUUGAAUAUCACUGUAUAUGUAUGAUAGAAGGAUGACAACUAACUAUUCACAAUUCUAAUAAAUAAAAACACAUUAGAACCUUC